AUGAGUAAUCUUGUAGAGAAUAGAAGUAAACAUUUUAAAUCUGAGCUUCCAACAGCUAGAGAUGUAAUAGGUGAACGGAGCACAUGGAGUGAAUGUAGUGAAACAUGUGGGCUUGGUUAUAAAUACAGCAGUUUAAAUGCACUGUUUAAACCUCAACAAGAAGCCAAACGACGCCUACCAUGUACAAAUAUAAAGUGUCCAGUAGAUGGGAAUUGGAGCAAUUGGACUACUAAUGAAUCAUGCUCAAAUUCAUUAUGUAUUUGCUCUAUUAGACUAGAGAGGUAUUGUAACAAACCUGUACCAGCAGAUGGUGGGCUUGAUUGUCAUGUGAAUGGUGGAUGGACACAAUGGUCUUCAUGGUCAUUAUGCAGUCAACCAUGUCAAGAUGGUAUUAAAAAUAGGUACCGUAGCUGCGCAAAUCCAGUACCAAAAUAUGGAGGUUUACUAUGCAAUGGAAGUAAUACAGAUGAAUUAACUUGCUAUUCAGAUAAAUGGAAAAAUUUCGGGUUCAAGAUGCCACAUCCUGGUGUUAAAAGAUACAAAGUCAAAUGCAAAGUCAAGAACUGUUCACAUUCACUUUUUGAUAAUGACUAUCGGAUGACACAUAAUCGAAUUUAUCAUUUGGAUUAUAUCCGAAACCAUAAGUCCGAUACCUUAUGA